UUUACUGGUAGUUUAUUGCUUACUUUUUGGCAAAAUCUUUGCGAAAAGAGGGGUAUUAAAGCCCUCAGCCCCCCUGCUCCGGCUAGCACUGUUCAGAUCUUUGAAUUGUAAUAUCGCAGGUAUUUUAUCCCUGAAAAUUAUUCUUCAGUUUUCAUUUUUAGAUGCAAAUGUAACGUAAAGAUAUACACAUUAAAUGAAUUAAUUAUCUAAAGGCAGUUGUCAAGUAGUCUGAAAUAAUAAUUUGACGAUCUUAAGGGCGUGGUCGUGGGAAUGUUGGAAUUGGUUGGAAUACAGCAGACUACUGUCUUGACAACCUAGAUUUGAAAACGAGGCUCGACGACGAUAAUUUUAGAUGCCACUGUAGAUGAAGAUGAAUUUACUGUUCUUAAAUAAAUAUGGUGUUUAGAAAAGAUCCUUGCGGAAUAACAUGUUUGGUUAUAACUUACGGAUGUGUGUUAUACUGCGAUUACUGCAUAAUAGACCAUGUGAUAUUACCAACUUUUUCUUCAAGCCUUUGGGGAGCAUUUCAUGCAACCAUGUUCAAUAGCUUCCUUUUUCUCCUUGCCUACUCACACUUGAAAGCCAGCUUCUGUGAUCCAGGUGUUGUCCCAUUGCCAUAUGCCAGACUUGAUUUCUCAGAUAUACAAAAAGCGAAAAAGAAGAAACCAAGAAAGGCUGAAAGUGAAUGGGGAGUCUGCUCAAAAUGUGAGGCUUAUAAACCACCAAGGGCUCACCACUGCCGGAUAUGCAAUAGAUGCAUAAAAAAGAUGGACCAUCAUUGUCCCUGGAUAAAUAACUGUGUUGGGGAGCAAAAUCAGAAAUUCUUUAUUUUGUUUCUUUUCUACACGGGUAUUUCAAGCAUUUAUGGGCUGUCUCUUGGUGUUUUUUCUCUGUUCAAAAGAUGUCAUGACUGUACUGAUAAAUACGAAAUAGGAACCAGAAUAUUUCAUGUCGUAAUCCUGCUGGUUGUAUGCAGUCUCUUUUCGCUGUUUGUCCUCUGCAUUAUGUAUGACCAGAUAUAUUCAAUAUAUAAUGAUAUAACGUUGAUCGAGCAAGUGCAGAAGGAAGAAAGACAAAACAGUAAACCAAAAAUGGCACUACUGAUGGAAAUAUUUGGCAGAGGUCCAAAGAUCUUGUGGCUGUUGCCAUGCAGUAACCCUCGCCAAACAACGCACACGACAGAUUAUUCAGUGUAGAGAGAACGUGUUUGAAGUAUAUCGCUUUCUUCUUGUUUAGUUAUGAUCGAGAAAUCCUAUUUGUGCAGCCUGGCUGACUUCUAGGUUUUCUUCAAUUUUUUGCCUUGGCAAAUACGCAAUAUGGCUGGUAAUGUAAGUAGCCAAAAUUGGAAUCUUUUGACGCAAUGAUUGGAAUGGAUUCCUGGCCCGGUUACACAGAAAGAUAUUGAGUCUUGUUUUCUUCUGCCGUGCAACGAAAGAACUCUUAUUAUAUAUUGCAUUGUAACUAGUGGAAAGGUAUUCUAUCAACAUAAACGAGAAAUUAUUUUUUCGUGCUGUAUUAUCCCAUAAGAUAUGAUCACAUUAGCAAAUAGGAUUCUGAACAGAUGGCUAGUUGGGUCUCGGCACAAGAGAAGCUGCCAUUCCAAUGACACCAUGUGGUACUUUUUCGUGUUGAGUUGGAAACGAUAGCAUAAGUUCUACAAAGUUUUCAAUUCUAUUGGCCAUAGAAAAAUUUUCAACUUAGCUUGUACUCUUUCAUCAGUUUGUCAGAGCCAGCCUUACUUUGUUAUUGCAA